AUUCCACCUUAGUUCCAUGUAGAUAUUUACAUUCCCUAUGAGUUUGAGUUUAUUCCAACAAUUUGGUGCUGAAAAUUUUUGGGAAAAUUGGAAACAAUUUGAACAAAAAAAGAGUUUUUCUUUUGCUUAACAUCUCGGCGACGUGCGUGUGCGUGAAUUACUGCAACUAUUCCUGCAAAAACUAAACGAUUUUGGCUUUGUGGCUUGUGGUGUUGUGAAUUUGGUUUUGUGGCCCAGAAAGACGCAAAGGUAAAGAUAGACGCGGUGUGGGGUUGGGCAUCUGCCCCGCUGCGCUUAGCAGCGAACCGAAUGGGUGACCCGUUGCUGCCGGGUGCAAAUGGCGGUGCGGGCGCUACAGCUGGCGCUGGGGGCGUGGAUCGCCCCCAAUCACCGGCUCGUAUGGCCCACACCUCCGACAAACACCCCAAAGUGACCCUAUCCGAAUUGAAUAUGUUAAGGCGCCAUCGUGAGCUGUGCGAUGUUGUGCUCAAUGUUGGUGGCCGGAAAAUAUUUGCCCAUCGUGUCAUACUCUCGGCAUGUUCGCCAUAUUUCCGAGCCAUGUUCACCGGCGAAUUGGAAGAGUCGCGACAAACUGAAGUCACAAUACGUGACAUCGAUGAAAACGCCAUGGAACUAUUGAUUGAUUUUUGCUACACCGCCCAUAUCGUUGUGGAAGAGUCCAACGUCCAGACAUUGCUGCCGGCAGCCUGUUUGCUACAGCUCGUCGAAAUCCAGGAUAUAUGCUGUGAGUUUCUUAAACGACAAUUGGAUCCCACCAAUUGUUUGGGUAUUCGGGCCUUUGCCGAUACCCAUUCGUGCCGUGAACUCUUGCGCAUUGCCGAUAAGUUUACCCAACACAAUUUCCAAGAGGUCAUGGAGAGCGAAGAAUUCCUAUUGCUGCCCGUGGGCCAAUUGGUCGACAUUAUAUGCAGCGAUGAAUUGAAUGUGCGUUCCGAGGAACAGGUUUUCAAUGCCGUAAUGUCUUGGCUUAAAUACAACAUUGCCGAUCGGAGACAACAUUUAGCUCAGGUUCUACAACAUGUCCGUCUUCCAUUAUUGUCUCCGAAAUUUUUGGUUGGCACCGUGGGUUCAGAUUUACUGGUACGUUCCGAUGAGGCCUGCCGUGAUCUGGUCGAUGAGGCCAAAAAUUAUCUCCUGCUUCCACAAGAACGUCCCCUCAUGCAGGGUCCGCGAACCCGUCCGCGCAAACCCACCCGACGUGGCGAGGUUCUGUUUGCCGUUGGUGGCUGGUGUUCGGGCGAUGCCAUUGCCUCGGUGGAACGUUUCGAUCCGCAGACAAACGACUGGAAAAUGGUGGCACCCAUGAGUAAGAGGCGCUGCGGUGUUGGUGUUGCCGUUCUCAAUGAUUUGCUCUAUGCUGUUGGUGGCCACGAUGGUCAAAGUUACUUGAACAGCAUUGAACGUUAUGAUCCUCAGACCAAUCAAUGGUCAUGUGAUGUUGCGCCCACCACAUCAUGCCGCACCAGUGUUGGUGUGGCGGUACUCGAUGGUUUCCUAUAUGCUGUGGGUGGCCAAGAUGGUGUCCAGUGCUUGAAUCAUGUAGAACGUUACGAUCCCAAAGAAAACAAAUGGUCAAAGGUUGCUCCCAUGACUACGCGCCGUUUGGGUGUGGCUGUUGCAGUAUUGGGUGGGUAUUUAUAUGCCAUUGGCGGCUCAGAUGGCCAGUGUCCUUUGAAUACUGUGGAACGUUAUGAUCCCAGGCAAAACAAAUGGGUUGCCGUUAGUCCAAUGUCCACACGUCGCAAACAUUUGGGCUGUGCCGUUUUCAAUAAUUACAUUUAUGCUGUGGGUGGUCGGGAUGAUUGCAUGGAAUUGUCAUCGGCUGAGCGUUAUAAUCCCCACACAAAUACUUGGAGUCCCAUAGUGGCCAUGACAUCACGUCGUAGUGGGGUCGGCUUAGCUGUGGUCAAUGGCCAACUGUAUGCUGUUGGCGGUUUUGAUGGUUCGGCAUAUUUGAAAACCAUUGAAGUUUAUGAUACAGAGACAAAUCAAUGGCGGCUGUGUGGCUGCAUGAAUUAUCGACGUUUAGGUGGCGGUGUUGGUGUUAUGAGGGCACCUCAAACUGAGAAUUAUAUGUGGAUACGCAAGGACUCGGUUGUAUGAUUGGGAAUGGAUGGUAAUGAUUCGAAAAAUAUUUAUAUUACCAAUUUAUAUAAAUGAAUGGUAAGCCAAACUAGCAAGAACAACAACAACAAACCGCAUUAACCCCAAAAGCCAGAAAACAAAAAAAAAUCAUUGAAAGCUAGACGAAACGAAAAACUUAAAGAAGAAGAAGAAUUUAUAAAAAUAUUUGUAAAAAUCAAAUCCUAAAAAGAUAUUUAAUAUUGUAUUGUGUGAGAAAAAAAAAUUGUUAGUCCAAAAAAAAAAAAAAACGAAACGAAAUUGAUUGAUAUUUGUAUUAAAAACUAUAACAAAAAAACUCUCUUCCUUCUUCUUCUCAAUGCACUGCACAAGUGGCAGCUAAAAAAAAAAUUGAAAUCUUAAACAGAAAAUAAAAGACCAUACCUUUGACAAACUUCCUCUCCCCGAUGAAACCCAUGCAAUUUGCAAAUAAACGAUUUAGCAUGUCCCGUAAAUUUGUUGGAUAUUCAAUUCAAACACAUUUACGGGACAUGCUCUAAAAAAUAACAACUAUUAUUAUUCCAUUUAAUGUUCAUAACAAAAUUAACAAAAGAGAUUAAAUGAAAUGAAAUAUGAACAAAAAAAAUGUUAAGUAUCUGAACUGCCUUUUCCUUAUGAAUCUAAAAAAAAGAAAAAAAACCAACAAAAAACAAAAAUAUUAUCAACAAGAUUAAGAUUAAAAAUUAUAAUUAUUUUAAUUAUCUAAGUUUCAUUCUCAUUAAGAAAAUAAGAAAAAAAUAUGUUAACAAAAAAUAACAAAUUAUUUAUAUUCAAGAACAUCAUGUAUUUUAUUAUUUUAAUUUUUAAAUUUAAAAUACACUUAUUUUUCCUUUCUUUUUUUUUGUAAGUGUUUACUACAGGCACUUUAAAUCAUAGAAAUCAAGAAACACUAAAAAAAUGAUAACAUAAAUCUAAAAUAUUUAAGUUCACUAUGUAAGGGAUAAUAAUUAUUUAAUUCAUUUACUUUAUUCUAUUGUUUUUAGCAACUAUAUCUAAUGUCAUCCACAGGUAACCUAAACGAAGUAAUAUAACAGCAAUAUCAUCAAUCCCCAAAAAAAACCUAUAAAAUCAAAUUGUUAACUAUAGUGGUGUUAUUGUGAAUUGUAAAAUAUCAUUUUGUUUUUUUUUUUUUUUUAAUUAUCGAAGAAAUUUUCAACAUUAAAUAUGUAUUUAACGAUCUCAAACGUAUGUGACAAAGAAUUUUCAAUCAAAAGCCAGGCAAAGACAAAUUCUAAAAUAUUGUCGGAAAUUGGACCAAGAAAAAAUUGCCAAAAAAUAUAGAUAUUUUUGCUUGGGAUUUAAGCCUUUUGUGGAUUUCAUUUGUUCGUAGACUACAUUUAUGUCCAGUGAUUUCUCCAUUGACAUAUCUUUCUUUAGCUGUGGCUUUGUUGGCCAAUUAAUUGAUAUAGCUAUUUUUCUAAAAAGUUAUAAUUUAAGAGAUUUCUUUGCUUUGCCUAAUUUGGAAUUGGAUGUAGAAUAUCUCCCCCAUUUGGAAUAUUUCCAAAAAAUAUCGUUUUGUGGGUCAUUUCGAACUGUAAUGAAAUUAACCAAAAAAAACGGCCUUGUUUUAUGACAAUGUAAAUUUGUUUACUGGUAUUUUCUAAAUAUGCCGAAUGUAUAGAGAAUUCUUUUCGUCGAAGACUUAUAGUGAAAUUUUAUAUAGAACAUUUCUUUCAUUGGGAAUAUUUCCCAAAAAUAUCGUUUUGUGGAUCCUUUCGAACUUUAAUGAAAUUAACCAAAAAACGGCCUUGUUUUAUGACAAGGUAAAUUGGUUUACUGGUAUUUUCUAAAUGUGCCGAAUGUAUAGAGAAUUCUUUUGGUCGAAGACUUCUAGUGAAAUUUGAUGUAGAACAUUUCCUCCAUUGGGAAUAUUUCCCAAAAAUAUCGUUUUGUGGGUCAUUUCGAACUUUAAUGAAAUUAACCUAAAA